AUGAUUGGAGAAUUGGGCGAGAAAAUUGGGACAACAAUUGUCAAAAUGGAAGCACUGGGAAAUGAAGGUAAAGUGGAAGAAGCGAUGGAACUGUCCAAAACCAUUGAGGAGUACAAGAAAAAGAAAAGAGAUCUCGAGAAUGAUGUGCGAACAGUGCUGAACACGCCUCAAGUAAGACUUCGAGUAUGUGAUAUGUGUGGAGCACAGCUCAGCCUGAUGGAGCACGAAACGCGUCUAGCCGAUCACUAUGGCGGUAAAAUGCAUUGUGGAAUGGAAGCCAUUCGUGAUCGAUACGAAGAAAUGAAGGUAAUCAGAAUCAUGCGUUAA